AUGUGGGUUCGACGCGAAUAUGUUCGUCGUGGUACAUCAUCAGACUUGAUCAUUUGUUUUCUAGGCCGCGUCAUGGAUGUGCACCAGAUCAUCACCGGCGCUCUGAACAAAGGUGCAGACGUAUUCGCCGUCGGCAGCAUUCAUGGCCUCAACUUUACCGCCUGCGCCGUUGGCUGCGACAUCGUGAUCCUGAGCAGCGACUUUCACCGCGUUCAGGUCAUUUCC